AUGAAACUUUGCAAAAGUAUGCCGGUGCCCAUGAAACAAGCUGUAAAGAAACAAAAAGAAAUUCAAGUGCUAAAGGUAAAUAAUUAUGGUGAACAAUAAAUGUCACUCUUGAUUUAACGACCCUCCCACCGAACUCCGUUCUGUGCAUCUGUACCCAUAGAAGGUAUGUCAGUUACGAUUGGGGUUGGCAUGAUUUCAAUUUUGCGCUGAAAAACAUUGAUAUAAUCUAAUUCGUAGUUCGUAAUCGUACCUUUAAUUCAUUUUGAAUGGGAUCUUCCAUGCUAAGAUCUCAAUCAAAUCCUCAGCAUAAGUAGUCGACAUUCAUUUGUGUUGUUAACUUAAUCACCGACACUGAUCCAUGUUGUCGACAUUCGCCUCAUCAUUGAGCAAGCGCUUUGAAAUCAGAUUUUAGCGUGGAGCUCAUUUACGAUUUUUUCCUAGCCAUUCCAGUAUUAUAGCUAUGCUGGACAUCCUAAUGAAAGUUCAUCUUAAUACUGAGAUUUUGAUCUGUGCCAUCACUGAAACCGACCGCCCAAAACUAACCAACUGACUCUCUUGUGUAUAUAGUAACAUGGCUUUUGGUAAAUUAAUUUCUUAGAAUAUUGUCCACAGUGUCGCAAACAACAUAAUGCACUGUGCACUUAUACAGGUCUGUUUUUGUUUUUCCCCCACAAAAAUCGAACACCAACGACGCGAGAUCUUCAGUGCGGAAUGAACUUGAUCCACCAUCUCUCAUCGUGCUCAAAAGUUGACAGAAAAAAGCCCGCGGAUAUGUUCGGGCCGUAAUGCGCAUGUUCGUGCGGUUACCAUCCCCGAAGGUUUCGAGCCUGGUGCCCGGCGCCGCCAGCGCUCCCCUCGCGCCCGUCCGCCGGUCACCGGCGCCGCGGUUGGCCCGUGGGACUUGAGUGGUGGUAUUUCAACAUGGGUAACCAUGUAGUGAAAAGACGUCAGUCCCCACUCUGGUCCGGCUUACCGGUAACACCGCCACGAAUUACAUCCAGCGGCCUUUAAAUUCCCUGUCACAUGUAAGUUUCUGAGCUCGAUUCAAGGUGACUAUCUCGCUAUCGGUCGAUCGGCAUUUUUCAGUUAGUUCCGUGGGUUUUCAAUUCAACGGGAUUUGUCUCGAGCACCGGAGCGCGGUCUCGAUGUUGGCGACUAUGGGCAGCACGCCUGGUUACCCGGCGGACCAGCGCGCGUCGAUGUGCCUCCAGCCGUUCGGCUACGGGGGAGGAGGGGCCAGCGACUCGUCCCCGCCCGAGUACCACUGUUUCGCCGACCAGGCCGCCUCGCCGGGCCUCUACCGGCCAAACUCUCGCGAGGACCUGGAUCCCCACGACCGAGAUGUGGGCGUGGAGGAACUGAGGGACGUGGCAGGCGGUGGUAGCGGAGGGAACUUCAUGAGCGAGAAAUACAACCAUAUCAACAACGGUGAGAACGGAACGGGGCACUACCCUCACGUCUUGGCGCCAGGCCAUGAGCAUGACACUCAUCAUACAGGUGAACGACAGUGCUUGAUAUGGGCAUGCAAGGCGUGCAAGAGGAAAACCAACAUCUUCGACAAGAGGCGAGCAGCCACAGACCGGGAGCGGAGGCGACUGACCAAAGUCAACGCCGCCUUCGAGGUGCUGAAACGCCGGACCUGCACGAACCCGGAGCAGCGAAUGCCCAAAGUGACCAUUCUGAGGAAUGCCAUCCAGUACAUCGAGCGAUUACAGAUGAUGCUGCACGAGGCCGAGUCCACCCCGCUGAUGCACCCGGGAGGACGGCCCCUGCGCGGCAGUGAUGGAGCGGUGCUACCCUCCAUGGACUCGCGGCUCAGUGCGCCCGGGGAUUUCAACGGCUCGUCCUGCUCUUUUCGCCUGAUGAAAAUCAACUCGGACGACUGCGAUGGAAGUGAAGACACGUCAAAAGAUUCAGACGGCCGUGUGUCCAGCUUGGACCAUCUUUCACUCAUCGUCGAGAGCAUCACUCCAACCAAUUACGGACCCAAAUAUUCGCUGUCUACCGCCCCCAGCGACCGAGACAGGGAAUCCACGUCAGAUGCAGAACUGGAAUCUCCGUGAUUGCGAACGAAGUGACGCGGUACUACAGCCCUGCUUACACCGCGACACGUUGCGAUGACCUGGCCAUGUUUAAUCCACAGGUCUGGUUUUUAAAUGUUUUGUCCAACGCCGUUUAAUGCAGCAAUUAAGUCUUUUAUUGUGGCAAUAUUGCUGUGCAUUAUACCCGGAAACGCAAACGAGAAUAUGUGAACCCGUGAUUGUAUUGACAUGAAAGAGUUCAUUAUGUGGACCCUUUCCGCAAGUCGUCGCACCAAAAGGUGUCAUAAGGGGGCGCUUUUCACUUCAGUCUAUAUCCAACAGAGCCGCAAACCAGAAUUGGACUCGUUGACUUGAGAAGGAGUUGUCAACAGAGGGCGCCCAUAUGAUUUGUGUAGAAUUGAAAACCAAAGGCAGAAUUUUAGAGCGGGCCAAGAGAAACGAGUUUUGAUACUUUGCGGAGUAAAUUCCCUACUGGGAAGUGAAUUUCUUCUUGAAACCAAUUGUGUAAAGUGAUUCCUUAUUGCUGUCAAAGUUCAUUGGUUCAAGGUUCAAGAUACAUGUAUUUAAAAUUCAAAGUUCGGAUUUUACAUUCGAGGAUUGAGUUGCUUAAUUCUUUCAGCCUGGUUCCACUGGGCUUGCACUGCAUUCUUUUCGCCAGUAACUUGAAAACCUAGGUCGGCGAACAUGGAACCGUAUUUCUGGCUAUAAAUAUUUACAAGGAAUCGAGACACUAUGUACAUAAGCUAUUUAUUGGAGUUUCAUCGUGAGAUUUAUAUACCUUUUGGUGAAAAAAAGAUGCCUUUUACUGUAUAUUUUUUCGCUAUUUGUGCUGGUGGUAUUGACGAGAAGCAAAGGUGAUGCCCGUGGAAUGUAGCUGGAUAUGCAGAUAUGGACGUCGGGCCUAUCUCCGUCCUUGUUGGCAUUCGUGAAGUCGAAUUGCAGCCACCUGCAUCUAUUUCCGGAUUUGGACAUGCCGAGUCUCCUCCCGGUCCUGUUCAUCAUGUUGACCUGAUCACAUGGUCACGUCCGUCCAUUCAUGAAUGUUUUGGUGUAGGCGCUCAGCUGAAAGAACAGCGAAUUUAGUUUGCUCUGUUUGAAACGCAAACUAUCAACGUUACGUUUUCAACUAAGAAAGUAUCGUGAUUAUGGUUUUAAUGUUUUUCUCUUGCCAUUUGGCCUUGGCAGAGUUAUCUUAGAUGUGUAUUUAUUUUUCCCAUCAACAAUUUCUGCAAAAAUAAAAAGGUCAUAUUUUUCUCAUGUCCUUUCAAAUCUUAAAUGCUUCCUUAAAUUUGUUCUUGAUGAAAUAUCUCGUAUACAUAAUAACACUCAAUUGUUAAUUUCAAGUGUUGUAUGGAUUUCAGUCUUUGGAUGUAGUUUGUUGAUUGAGAUGGACCUUUGCGGCAGAUUGCAAUUGCCUUGAGAGUCUAACGUGCAAGAUUUGAAUUUGAUGUCACAGAUGACAUUUGGGAAUUGACUUUAUUCACAAGGAAGCCAUUUUUUUUAUCUUGUUCCCUGAAUCUGCCACAAUCAAAGUGAUCUGUGGUGUGGUGAGUAUUGUGAGUGUGUGUGAGUAUUUUUGGUUCCAAAUCUCACUCGUUUUCUUUAAAUGUGGCUUAAAACAUUAAGAUCUAAGUUAUCCAAGUCCACGUUAAGCUUGACAAAAGUUGGCAUGGAUUUGUUUAAUUGUACUUUUAUUUUGUCAGUGUUAUUUUAGCUCUCAUGUUCACAAUAUUAAGAGUUUUAACUCAGUUUCAGUUCUAGAUGGCCGGCACAUGAAUACACUCUGUGCUAUCGAGAGAUUAAUAUAAGCUUGUAAGACCCUCCUCCAUCGCCAUCCACAAAAUACUUGACCAACAUGCCCUGCCAUGUCCGACAACCACAUCAGGCUAACCAUGUCACCCGAACCGUGUGGUCGGAGAAGUCAAGUCGACCAUUCGGACGAAACCCAGGAGCACGGUUGAGUCGUUGGCGAUCGGUGGCCCUAGUUGUAGUUAAGUACAGAGGGAACCGUCGACGCGAAAAUAAUUGCGUCGGGUGAUGGGGCACUAUGAACACAGGGACAGAUGCAGCCAAUUUGCCAAAAAAUAUGAGUGACGAUAGGAUUUCACACAAAUGAUCUGACAAGGGUUGCUUGAUUGGGAAUGUAUAGUGUGCGCACUUUGCUAAAGCCGUUGACUGGCCUAUUGGUCGAGCUAUACCGUGCAUUCGACCUUACCUGUUGUCAACAUUGUCUUUCAGCGUGCACUCCUUGACAGGUGAUGUCUUUUUAAACACACAGGGACAAUUGCAUUUACCAGCAAGAGACAUAGUCCUCGUACUUUGUUUCGAAUUUAACUCUUUUUUUCGGUGUUACGCACUUGAAGUGCUCCCCCUUCACGUUCCCAUGUCGAGAUGACGUGGCGCAUCAACCGUGCACACGUAAUGCGCUAGUCAUCGGUCACCGCUGUUCAAGUCACUUGUGACUCGUCUGUGUGUGAUUUCUCCAGCACCACCGGGACUAAAUUGAAUCAUGGGCACGUCAAGAACAAUUUCCUGCCGACGCAAACGAGCUCGUCACGGGCAACGCUCGUGGCUGGGAACGCGGGGAGUGGGCAACACGAGGAAAUCACAACUGGAAUUCCUGACGUGUCCCCGCAACUGUGUCGUUUUCGUCAGUUUCUAGCUCACAUAGGGCCAAGAGAGAACUGUUUGAUAGCGAACUCUAAUAAGCAAAUUUUUUUAUUGAGCAAAAGUCAAUAGACCAGCUGAGUUAAUGCUCUUUCCAUGUCCUGUGGCCUGAUGGGUCAGUAAUCAACGCCAAAUUUUUGCUCGGUAAAUUGACGUAUUUGGUCAGUGGGCCACCAGUAAUAUGACACGUUGUUCAAAUGAAAAUGACUCUUAAGCCUCAAAGAGCUGGGAUUUGGCUGGCCUCCAAGAUCUCGGCUGUCUCACGACCAAAAACAUAGCAUGUAUGUAAAAGCAGUUAUAAGACCCUCUAUGGAGUUCCAGUUCAACACUACACAGGGUUUGGUCAUUCAUAGCUCACGCUCUCAGGCUUGUCGACCUGUCUGUUUUGUUGAGCUCCCGUCAAUACAACUUAGGUUAAAUUUUACAAGGGGCAAACCUGUCUUGGAAAAUUAGCAUUUGGUGGGAACGCUAUGUCACAUUUCCUUAACACACAUUGUUGCCAAACAGUGCCAAACUGGCAACAGCCUCAUUGGAUUUAUUAAAAAAUGCAUUGCGACGAUAUCGGGAAAAAUGGAUUUUGCCCCAGAUAUUUUAUGUUUUAAAACACUGUUAUAAAGAGCAACUUUGAACGUCAAAAACACUCAAUCUCUUUCGUUUGGCGUUUUGUAGUCCAGUCCUUCUACAAGUUUCCGUGUUAAACAAGGUAAUUUGGUUAGCACCAGCAACGGACAGUUUAAUAUGUGUAGUAUUUCGUAUAUAUAUCCUAUAUCAGAAUCAUACUGCCCCAAGCCC